AUGCCGCGACUUCGUUACAACGUUGCAGCAAGCCUCGACGGGUAUAUCGCAUCGCCCGACGGUUCAACAACCUGGAUAAUCGAAGAUCCCACCAUCGACUUUGACGCGCUGUAUGCCGAAUUCGACUUUUUCGUCAUGGGCCGCAAGACCUACGAAGUCAUGCAAUCUUUCGGCACUGACAAUCCACUAUCAAAACGACCCAAGGAAUCUGUCAUAGUAGCCAGUCGAACCAUGAACCAGGACCUUUUUCCCAAUAUCACAGUCAUACAAGAAAACGUCCUUGGUUACAUCAGAUGCCUCAAAACGCAUGACGGAAAGGAUAUCUGGCUUAUGGGUGGUGGUCAGCUCGCAUCCGAAUGCCUAGAAGCUCAUAUGGUGGAUACCGUCGAAAUCGCCGUAAUGCCCAUCCUUCUCGGCACCGGAAUCAACCUCAUCUCAUCCAUCCCACAGAACACCAAUCUUCACCUAUUAAACAGCACGAGCCUCAAUAGUGGAAUCAUCAUGACUCAAUACAAAGUCAUACAAAACCAAUAA